AUCCCUCGUUGCAGUAUCCCCAUGUUUUUAGUAACGCGCUCUCAAAUUUUAUAAUUUUUUCACGCUGUUCGCCAUGCUGAUUUGGUGUCAGUAACUGAAAUAUAUACAGGCUUGACAGAUGCCGCCAAAAUAAUGUGGUCGCCAGUGAACAUUGACCCAUUGCUAUUGGAAAUACCUGCCUGUGAACUUUUGACGAAAGAAGUUUACCUGAAUUUAGCACUGUUUAACUCAAAGCCUCGUUUUUCAUAUAAAAGUUUCAUGUGAUGAUUGGUGUGCUUGGCGAUUUUUUGCAAAAUUUUUACCAAAAGAACCGUGAUGUGAGUGAAUCUCGAGCGAUUGAAAGAAAGUCAGCGACGAUCAAAAGGAUCCUGAGGACCUGACACGGGUAUAAGUUUAUGACAUCGAAGUCGAAGCGCAAUCAGCCCAAUGGAAGUGGCCAGGAGAGUCAAGACCGAAAAAAGCGUGACAAGCUCGGAAAAUUGUGAAGGUUUUGCUCACUAUUUUCUUCGAUUUUGUUUGGCGUGGUGCUUCGUGAGUUCUUGCCUGAAGAUUGUGCUGCCAAUGGGGAAUAGUAGUAUGAAUUUAUAGACUAUUUAUCUACGUGGAGCAGAAUGAAAAACGCUCUGAAUUGUCCACUUGUGCAUUUGUUAGUCAUCAUUAUAUUAUUCCAGCUCAUACGACGAUGCUUGUUUGUGAUUUUCCGUGAUAUUCGCCUAAAACAACCUUGCAAUCAUUCCUCAGCCACUACAUUCCUAUUUUCAAAACGAAAACGACGCAUAAAACGACAUAGAGAUUUGUAUUGAUUUGACAGAUAAAGGAAGAGCUAAAUGUAAUGCCAUAAAAAUUAUAUCCGAACUGCCCUUAAAAUGGGAAAAAUUACUGGCACAAAUGUGCCUAAUCAAAAUUUUUGUUAGUGACAGUGCUGGGCUUUUUCUUUCAUUUAAAAAAUUCCAGCAUUUAAAUUUAAAUUUGAAAAGGGCGAGCCAAGAAGCACCGAGAGAAUCUUAACUCCUAAAACACUCAGACUAAAAAGCAAAUUGCAAUUAUACUUGAAGCUCUGGAAGGUAAAAAGAUUGACAGUCAAGGAGGAAAGAAGAGAAGUGACAGAGAGAAAGAGAUGAAUUAGAAUAGAGACAGAGAUAGAGAUAGCUAGACCUGUGAGAAUUUUCCAGAUUCGAGCAUUUACUUUGUGUGGAAGAAAAAAAUAUAUCAAAAAAAAAAAAUGUUAAAAAACAAAUGUCAAUGGCGAAAGAAAAAUGUCAAAAAUCAACGGUAUUUUGUACUCAUUUAAACGUUGCACUUUGUUAUACUAUAAUUUAUUGCACUAUAAAACUGCUUACCCAGAUAAAUUCUCAAAUUCUGGUCAAUAAUUUGAUGAGAAUUUUGAUGAAUUUUUGAAAAAUUGUGUUCAAAGUAUGAGACUUCACGUGAAAUGAUUUUUGUUGUACUUUGAACUAUACUUUAAUAAAAAAAUAGUAGUGUGCUUAUAACUCUGCAACCGGCUUUAUAUGAAAAGAAAUCGCAGGGGUUCGAAUUAAGAGUGGUUAGGGCACUUUUCUAUAUGUAUGUACUCGUAUGUAAAUGAUAUGCAGCUACAGUGAACAAUGGCCGAUCACCAGUUUGAAAUUUUAUUAUUCAUACGGAAUUGCCGUUUUGCUAAUGAUUUGUUUCUUAUUUCAAAGCAAAUAUUUUCCAAUUUCGGUUUACGACGUAUCAAAAGUCAAUUUCUGUGUAAUGCAAUAUCUCCAUUGUAGCUUUUCGACAGAGCUUCAACCGGGUCAUAACUUGACUUACAUACAUACAUACAUACAAAUACGUAUUUCCCAAGAACAAUUUUAAGCAACAAAUAAAUUUGUAAUAAAAACGCAUAAAAAAUUGAGUUCAUAUUCAAUUUAGGCGCAAAUGACCUUCAACACAGAGACAGAGCACAAUAUUUACCGACACACGACGACUAUAAAUAUUUUCAUAAAAAUAUGGGUGCUAACAUAUUGGUUCUAUGAAACCAUAAAUGCCAAUGUGCUACGCACGUACGAGAGUAAACAAUAAUAAAUUAUAGCUGAAAAGGAAGUGCACUGAUGAAGCGUAAGCGGGGAAAAGGAGAUAAGAGAGUACGAAUGAGAUGGGGAGAGGUCAGUCAGUCAGUCAGUCAGCCAGUCAGCCAGCGAGCAUAUAACAGACAACAAUAAAAAGUUGGAAAAGAGGAAAAACACAUAAAAACUAAAUGGCAUACAAAAUGCAUCAUAAAACGUGAGAUGGACAUGAGCAUGGACGAGACGAGACGAACAUGCAGACCGACAGGCGAACAAGUGGACAUACGAACAUUGAACGGAGUUGAGCGAUGGAUGGAUGGAUGUAUGAGUUGAUAGACGAUUUAGAUUGGGAGUGGCGUAGAGAGUGAAGCUGCGUGCAAACAUUGUUGUUGAUGUAAAAAAGAGGCCCCAUAGGCGCCUGCCAGCUUCAAGUGUCCGCAGGCUGUUCAAGUAGUUGAGUGAAUGCAUGGGCUAUGCAGCAACAAUGUCAAAUGCAAUGCUCAAACAAACGAAGCAAUCAAAGUGAAUUCACAGCGAAUAAAUUGAGCUGCAAUUGAUAGUCAGCGAUGAGGGUGGCUAGGGUAGUGGGUGAAGGUGAGAUUUGUAGAGAGCGCGGAGGUUAGUUAACUGCAAAUGUAAUAAAUUUACUGCUAGGUGGGAAAGCACACCAGCUGACAGCCACAAAUGGUGCAAGUUUCAUUUAUCGGCAAUAACAAUAACAAAACAAAGCACAGGCAUUAAAAUGCAUUUGGAAAAAUCGUGCCUACCCAAUUUAUUGCUGAGCCAUUUGAGCAAAUAAACAGAGCAUUAUAAAUGAGCAGCGCGAUUGAAUUAUGAUUGGUGCUGGUGGUGGAGGGGAAAGAGAUCAUGAAUCCUGGGCUCUGGGCAGCACGUGAAGGAAGUAAAAGGCGCUAGCAAGGAAAGGUGUUUUGUGCUUUUGUUGUAAAAGUGUUGGGUAUGAGUGCGCAGAGACUUGAAGAUUUUGUACUAUAACACCGUACAGUCCACCCACUCGUUGGCAGAUGAACUAAGCGGAAAGCGGCGCCUUUUAAAAGCUAAGCGGCGCAAAGUAAUCACAAAAUCACUGCGGCUGUAGAUACAGCAAGAGCGAGCUACAGCAUACCGCACAGUCUACAUUUUGUCCAUAGUCACUGUGGACGACGGAAGCGGAAGCUGAUUUCAAGCGGAAGAAACGUAGUCAUCUAACGGAAGUUACAGCGAAAGAAGAAAAGACAAGAAAAAUAAACAGUGUAGUGAGUGAGUAAAAAAUACAGAAGACGACCAGUAGCUUUACAAUUUGAAAAACAAGUGAACAAUUCUUAAGCUGAUUUUUUAGCAUUAAAACUGGCAUAAGCUAGCACACCCAAAAGUAGGCAACAAAUGCAUAGCAACCCAAGUGACGAACGAGCAACGUUGAUGUGUAAUAAAGUGUAUGCCAUUCUAGCGUGAAAUUUAAUUAAAAUGCAAAUAACACAAAAGUGAAGUGAAGCGCAGCGUAGAAGAGAUAAAGAGAAGAAAGAGGAAGUUUAAGAAUUGAAGAAUAAAUAAAGUGACUUAAAAGUGUGCAUCGGGCGCCGUAAGUAGCCUGACAAGCAAGCAGCAGGCGGUGAACGGCAAGACUCUUCAAGUGUACUAUUGUGAAUUGAAGUCGACGCUUGAUUACUAAGGCGUGACCUAAAAAAUUUGAAAAAAAAACCAAAAAAUAAAAAACAAAGCAACCAAACGCAACUGAUAACUGAGUGAAGAGAAUUGGCGAAGCGCAAAGUUUAGUCGUUUAAGCGGACGCAAGCGACAACACACCGACAUUCCAACGGUCAAUGUAAUUGAAUCAAAACGUCAAUGACAAGUGCAAAGUUGCGCUACAAAAAAGUGAAGAAGAAGAAAAAGUAAAAAAAAACUGUUUAGGAACGGCCGACGAAAAGCUGAGUGCAGCAACAAAAGUUGAGCAAAGUGGAAAAGUGUAGAAAAAGUGCCUAAAACUUGACUACAAAAAUGUGACGUUUUGGGAGCAAAUAAAACCUGUAAAAAAUAAAACCUAAAAAAAGGAAAAACAAACAAUUAAGUUUUAUGUUGAAUAGUUGUCACUCUACUUAAGCAUAGCAGUUCUGGCAAUUUACCCGUACAACAACUUUGCGCAAAGCGAAGUGAAUUUGCAAAUUAAAUAUUGAGCCCGAAAGUAUGCAGUGAAGAGCACCGUAACAAGUGAAAAAAGACACAAGCAACAAAAACAGUUUCUGAAAGUGAAUUCAAUCUGAACUAUGGAAACGCGCAGCAAGGACGCUUGUCAAACGGCUGCUGCCGAUUCCACAACAGUAAUUAGUGUGUUGUCUGCAAGUCAGAACAGUGAAAAUUGUAGUGCCAACUCUAUUGGUAUACAACAACCACAACAACAAAGACAACAAACCGGCGUCAUCAAUGCGCCACCACCGCCACCACCACAGCAACAACAACAGGUGAGCAGCACAAGCAGUGCGCCGAAAACUAACUCGCCGACGCCAACAAACAGUGGCCCCAACAACAACAGCAGCAGCAAUAAUAACAAUAACAAUGCAACAAAUAAGACCAAAUCACAACAACAGCAACAGCAAUAUCAUCAAUUUCGUGCACCACAACAAUUUGUGCGCCAUCGUCGCGCCACCAUCCCCGUUACGUUGGUCAAUAAGAAAGGCAAAACAUGGAAUAAGCGCCAACAGCGUGGCGCGAAGCAGCUACAACAACAACUGCAACAGCAAAUGCUACAAAGUGGCAAUGCCGUCAUUGGCGCUGGAGAUGGGAUAUCGGUAGCGACUGGGGCGAGCGCCACAAGCAAGGCUGACCUCGAGAAUAUACAGAAUUUUAAGAAUCAACUUGGCGGCCAUCAUUAUUAUCAGCAUGGGGGUGGUGGUGGCGGUGGUGUCGGGCCUGGCGGAGGUGGAGGACAUCGCGGCAUAGUUGGCGUGAACCCUGCCGGUGGCGGCAGUGGCGCGGGCGGGACUGGAGCUGGUGCAUCGGGCAAUGGCUUACCGCCGGCCGCAUUAGCCAACCUAGAGAAACUGGGUUAUGGCCAUGGUCAUGUAAAAAUGCACAAAAAGCUGUUGGUUCAUAGGGGUCCGGGCAACCAUCAUCAUCACGUGCUUUGCGCCGGCUCGGCACACAACACCAUCGGCGGCAAUGCAAACUCGAAUUGUUGUCUUGUGAAUGGCUGCAAUGGUGGCGGCGGUGGUCACCCAAAUGGAAAGGACACUGCGAACGGCAGCACAAAUAGCUCACAGUCUGGCAACACCGCCAACUCACUCCACUAUUGCUGCUCCAGAUCUAAAUUUUUUCUGCCAGAUAAACGCACUCGAAAGGAGGUCAUCAUACCGCCUACUAAAUUCUUACUUGGCGGCAAUAUUUCUGACCCGCUGAACUUGAAUUCGCUACAAAACGAGAAUUCGAAUGCUUCGUCAAACAGCAAUACGCCAGCGACCACACCACGUCAGUCGCCGAUUACCACACCACCCAAAGUGGAAGUAAUCAUACCGCCCAACAUACAUGAUCCCCUGCAUUUGCUCGAUCCUGUCGAUUCCAUGGAGUAUGAGAAGCAGCUGACAUCACCAAUGAAGCGGAGCGGCCAACGUGGCGGGCACGCACAUCACCACAGCGCCAAACAUCGUCAUCGCAAGAAUCGCAAGAGCAAGCGACGCCGUCAUGAUUCAUAUCAAUCAUCCGUGGGCAGUGCGUCCAUUGGCGAUAGCGACAUGUCCGCGCUGGCCAACAGUACACUAACCACUGAUGCGGGCAGUAUUAAUUUAACUUCACUUUCAUUGUCCACAACGCUUUCGGUCGCUUCAUUAUUGGACAGUAGUGUCAAUUCCAGUGGGCCAGUAGGGGAUGGUGUGAAAGGCAACUUGAACACCAUUAGCAACGAAGCUCAGUUGGUGAGCACGUGCGAGAAUGCGCCAGCUGAGUACCGUCAACAGCUGGAAGAGCGCGAAGAGAGCAAGACGUUGGACUCAGCAGCAGUUGACAUGGCAUGCGUAGCUGAGGAACGCUUGGGCCAACGGAACAGUAAAAGCACAUCGCCAAUAAAACAGUUCGCCAACGUGGUAAAUUCAACAUUCUCUGGCGCGUCUUUGGGUGCGGGCGAAGCGGUGCCAAGCGGUGGUGUGGGAGUGCUGGCAGCAAGUAUGGCCGCUGUUGCGACAACAGGGAGCGGAGUCGCGGGGGCAGUGUGCGGUAGUGCGGGCGGCGCAGAGGCUCUCGCUAGCGCUAGUGCUGGUGGUUUGUUUUUGCCGCGCGAACGCGCCAAUCGAGAUUUGCGUUUGGAAUUGAAUGCAACAACGUUGUCGUCGUUGAGCGGCAGCACGUGCGGCAGCGGAAUAGGCAUUGGUGGCGGAAGGAAACGCAAGAUAAGCGAGAGCAAUAACUCGCAGAAAAACAAGAAAUUCCAUCGCGAUGCCAUGGAUAAGAUCGUCAGUCCGGUGGUGCCACAACCCGGUGCCUGGAAGCGACCGCCACGUCUUGCAGCCACAGGCGCACGAAAGCCCACGCGGCGCUCCACAUCAAUUAGCGAAACGGACGUGCUGAGUCCAGCAGACGAGGUCGCCAAGCCGCUGAUGAACGAAGCCGAUUUAUUGCGCGUCGAAACGCCUGACUUCAGCAAGCUCGAAACAAUUUCGGAAGUGGGACUAGCUAGUCCGCUCAGCACCACAUCAGGCGCCACUUCGGUUGCCGCUGGUGAACAGGAAUCACCGAUGGACACAAGCGCUGGCGAUACUUCGGCCACAAUGCCGACUGAGGAUUGCCCAGCAGCAGGCGAUGCUGCAAAAAGUGUCGCAGAUGUCCCAACCGCCUCCACUUCCAUUGCGCAGCUUACAAAACUGCCACAUUUCCGCGCCGAUGGCGUUAAGUAUCAGUAUGGCAACUACGACCGCUACGUUGGCUUGCGACAUCUCAAUGAGCUGGUGGAUGUGCGUCUGCAAGUAUUCCAGCGCCACUUGGAGCUCUUCAAGAAUAAAGACAUACUCGAUAUUGGUUGCAAUGUGGGCCAUAUGACCAUCACAGUGGCGCGUAAUUUUGCGCCCAAGUCUAUAUUAGGCAUUGAUAUCGAUAGGAAGUUGGUAGCGCGCGCGCGACACAAUCUCGCCUUGUAUGUGCGCAUACCAACGGAGCCGGCGGUCAAGGCGCUAGAUGCGUCUGCAAGCAUUAAGAAGGAAGAAGAAAAGGGCGAAAUGAAAAACGAGAAAGUGGCAGCGAGCAGCGCAGCCGGCGAAAUAAAGACAGAAACUGUAAGCACAAAAGAUACUGCCAAUUCCGCUGGAGACAAAAUGGGCCCAGCAGCCGAUACCAGCAUAAAUAAACCAAAAAAGACGCGUCGUCGCAAGAAGUCGAAACACCCCACACAACAGUUUGGGCAGCAGCAGCAGCAGCUGCUACAACACCAACUACAGCAGCAACAACAACAACAUCAUCAUCACCACCAUCACCACAUGCAUCACCACCACCACAACCAUUACCAUUACCAACAACAGCAGCAAGCAUUGCAUGUUCCUGCUACUGAUUUAUUCCCCGUGUCAUUUCCACUCACCUACGGCGUCAUACCAACGGGAAAACCUACCGCCUCCAACGCGACAGCCGAUGCUCAUUCGCCCAGUGCGUCUAUAAACACACCUGGCCAUGCGAGCAAUGCUACACCAGGCAGCGGAGGCGGUGGGGCAGCAAAUCGCAAGCGUAAAAACGAAUUUCCGCGGAAUGUAUUUUUUCGCCAUCAGAAUUAUGUGUUGGAAGAUGAGGCACAGCUGGCAAACGACACGCAGCAAUAUGAUCUCAUACUUUGCUUGUCGGUAACAAAGUGGAUACACUUGAAUUUCGGUGAUGCUGGACUGAAGAUGACCUUCAAGCGCAUGUUCAACCAACUGCGACCCGGUGGGAAGUUGAUAUUGGAAGCGCAAAAUUGGGCGAGCUACAAGAAGAAGAAAAAUCUAACGCCUCAAAUCUAUCACAACUACCGCAACAUUGAAUUCUUUCCCAACAAAUUCCACGAGUAUUUGCUUAGCUCUGAGGUCGGUUUCAGUCACAGCUAUACGCUGGGUGUGCCACGCCACUUAAGCAAAGGCUUUUGUCGUCCCAUACAGUUGUACGCCAAAGGCGAUUAUACACCAAAUCAUAUACGCUGGAGUGACGCAUACUACCCACAGACACCGUUCGAAGCUUAUCGUGGCAUUUACGCCACAAUGCCACCGCGUCCUGCGGGUCUAGCAUCGUAUGCCAUGUCAUCGACACGCAGCCAGGCAUAUGACACACCACACUACACGGGCGGCACCUCCGGCCCGUACAGCUGCCAUCAAACGCCCCAGCCCAUUUACAAUCCGUUGGAGACCGACUCGUAUUUACCCUCCUACGACAUAGGAUACCUAAACCACAUGUACGUGUUUGCCUCGCCCCUCUACCAAACCAUUUGGUCACCACCCGCUAGCUUGCGUAACAGCUCCUCGCACACACCCGUCUUUGGGAGUGUGCGAGAGGCCGAAUUGGAUGGCGAUGGUGGGGGUAGUGGCGGUGGUGGCAGUUACCAUCGACACGUGUAUCCACCCAACGAAGACACAUCAUCGCCUAAUGCAAAUGCAGGCGGUGCAUUCAGUUCAAUACGCGAUGCAGAUACCGAUGAUUCGAAUCAGUUGCCUGCUGGUGGUAUGCAACAUGUCUAUGCGACCAACUGUGGUGAGAGCUCAUCGUCGCCGCAGGUGCAACAUAACAAUGACUCUGAUGCAUUGGUUGAGGAUGCACUAUUGUUGGACGAUGAGCAGCACGUGGGGCAGGGACAAGGUCAGGCGGUGGUAGCGGGAGGCGGCACUGUUGCGAAUGUCACUGGCACUGGCAAUGGCGAGCUGCAUGUGGCGAGUGGUGCUGUGGGCCAAGAAGGCGGUCAGCAUUACUGUGAUUUAAAUGAUGCUUAAGUAGUUUUGAGUUUUCUUUCUUUGUUUUCGGAGCGACGAAUUUCUAGAAAUGUGUGUAGAGUUUUUGAAUGCGGGUGUUUUGUGUGGAGCGAACAAACACGCUAAAGACGCUUAUGAAAACCAUUAAAAUAUAAGGAGAUACAUAAUAUUGGCAGACUAAAUCGAUAGAAGCCGAAGCUAAAAAUUUUGAAAGUUGUAGAGGUUUAAACUUUUUUUUUUUAAUUGUGCUGUAGCGCUUUAGCUUUUUGAGUAUAGUUAAAAUAAUAUACAAAGAUUUUUUUAUUUAAUUUACAAAAAAGAAAAAACGCACACCACAGCUGGCGCUAAACAUAGUUUUUGGCAAAUUGUGUACAGGCUUUAAAUGUGGCGAAAAAUGCUCGCGCACGUUUUCAUUUCGCGGGGUGAAGGCGGCAAAGCGCGUAGCUAUUAUGGAAGAAAAUGUCUAUUCUUUCGUAUCUAUUGUUGGAAAAUAUUUUUUUUUUUUUGGUUUUUAUGGAACGAAAAAGACGUGCAAGUGCUUAUCUUGAGCGUUCUAAUCUAAAAUGGUUAACUGUUUGAUAGAGUUUAUUUUAUAAUUUUUUAAAUAAGCAAUUUUUCAAAAUUUAAAGCUUUGAUUUGUUACAUUCAAAAUUGUUUCCUAUAAAUUUUUAUUAUUUUGUUUUAAAUUUUUUGAGCUAAAUAAUAAUUCAAGCAAAUAUUUAAAAUUUAGUAAUUUUUACGGCGGUCGUCAUAAUCGAAUGUGCUUGCGCGUGAUUACCACUCAGUGAGGUCAGUAAGGUCAGUGAGGUCAGUUCGAAACCCACUGCAGGAUUAAAAAGUCAAAUAUUAAAAACAUUUUUUGUUUCUAAUAGCGGUCGCUCCUCCGCCUUGAAAAACCAGUUGACGGGCACGCACAUCCUUUCUGAGGGUCGAUCGCUAUUAGAAAAAUCUUUUUCUUCAUUUUGGUGUUUCACCGAGAUUCGAACCUGCGUUUUCUCUGAAUUCCGAAUGGUAGUCACGCACCAACCCAUCCGGCUAUGGUGGCCGCCAGUUGCCUUAAAACUAUAGGUGCCGUCAUUUGCGCAACAACUGCAAGGCGCGCGGCACAAAUUGGAGCAGAAGCUUGGUCAAUCACCCACUAAAGGGUGUAGGCGCUAAUUAGAUAUGUGUACAAGUGUCGUUUAAAAAGUUCGAGCAAAAAUAAAAUUCUCUUAAUGGCUUGAAGUGAACCGAUACGCGUCAGUAGUGCCAUCUCUCUGACUUUGCACCUUCGUACAGAAUACCCUCGAGUAAAAAUAAUUUCUACUACUAUUCUUCAUAUAUUCUUUGGGGGAAAAAAUAAUUUUUACUUCACCGUCUUCAUGCCUCAAGACCGCUGGUAAUAUUUACGAUUUUUUGUACCAAAUAUUUUUUUCCCAGUACACGCCCACUACACUAAGCUCUACAUAUUAGAUAUAUUUUGCCAUUUGUGAGCCAAUUACAAGAGGAAUAAAAAAGAAGAAAAAAAACGGAAAUUUAAUAAAAAAGCAAAAAUUAUUCAAAAUUAAUAUUAGUUAGUUUUGGUAAAAAACAAAAAAAUGUUUACUAGUGUUGAUUUAAAUUAGUUGAUAUUUUAUAAUCUACUUGCAUAUGCAUAUAUAUGUACAUAUGAAUCAUUUACAGUAGGUGUAGGCAUACGAUUUUUCAACUUAUUGGCAGUGUGUGUGGAGCUGCAUAGAAAGUGGAGAAAGUUAAGAGAAGAUAAGGAAGAAUUUAUUAAGGAUGCGCGUACCCCUUAAAAUAAACAAAAAUUAAAGCGUUUCAUAUUUUGUACAAUUGUUUAAAAUUUGUUGUAAUGGUUAUACAUUUUUUUAAAUUAUUACUCUAUAUUAACGACCCCACUACUUCCCUGCCACAGCGCCACACAAAAACUUCACUCGCCAGUUGUGCUUGUCUGCAUUCGAAAAACAUUAGAAUAUUCACUAUUUUUAGCAUAAAUAUAUAAACUUAGCAUUAAACUCACCAUAUAUGUUAUCAAUUAUAGUCUUAAUUAUUUAUAAAAAAAAUGUUUAUAUACACACAUACAUAUAUAUACGAGAUAAAUAUUUGUACGUUUUAUUUUAGUGUACACUAUUCGCAUAUUUAUAUACAGCAAAAAAACCAGAAAAAAAGAAAUAAAAACUUACUUGCAUAUACGUAAACAUAUUUAACAGGUAUUUGUAGCUGUUGAAAGAAUAAGAAAAAAAAUAUAUAUAUACAUACAAACUUGAAAAAUAUAUUUGCCAAUCACCCGUAAGCGGCCCAUUCGCAUAAAAAUUGAAGGCGCGCCUUAAUUGUAACAUUUUGUAAAAGUCAACGCUUUGCAGUUAAAUUUUUUCUCCCUAAACACUGAGCAGCACAAGCGAAACUUGCAGCCAAAACGUUUAACUGCCUUGACGCACUUUCAAUGUGGCACAAUUAAAGCGUUACUUCUGUGCGCGCGGGCACGUAACAAACUUAUGCGAAAAGUAACAAAAACAAGGAAAUAUUAAGCUUAAACAUACAUACAUACACACACACAUACAUGUCUAAUUAAGCUUUUAGAAGAAAAAAAAAAGAAAA